CAUAGCUCUCUCAUUUUACUUCUUGCGCAUCCCUCGUUGGCGUCAGUCUGUAUUAGUUAGAUAGCCGCCUGAUUGUUUUGUCUACCAUAUCAUUACCGUUUGUGAAAGGAGAAUGUCAACACCAUGGAGCGGUGAUUUGAGCGGCAUGGCCGAACGAGAGCUCAACAAUUUGGCCGUGUGGUCUGAGAUGCUCGAUAUGGAUGCAAUCGGACCGAGCUUGCUGCAACACAUCUCUGAGAGCUUGACUGAGCCGGCGAGGCAGAUGCUGCAGCCGGUGUUCACUCCUCAAGGAGAGUCUGUGUCCAGCCCACGAUUACACGACUUUGCAGCGGCGAUGCGCUGCCUUCGUACAGACAUGACUGCAUGGAGCAUUGCGAAGCUUGAAAUCCUGGCCUCUAGCUUCGACCCGAUAUUUUCGCAAUUCCCACGUCGCCUGCGCAUUGAAGGCUCCCGCGCGGGUCCGAAUACCCCAUUCUACCGUCGAACGCCCGGCCAGUCGAUCUGGAACUCAAUGGGUUUGCCAGAGAUACGCAAGCUGCGAGACCUGAUCCGGUACGCGUUUACCAACGUCAACGAGUUUGAGUUUGUGCUCGGACCCGAGGGUGCCCAGUUCAACGAUAUGGUCAAUCCCGGGGAUGUGCCCAGAAUCAUCUUUGACAUCCUGAACAGCGUGCAGCGUCCAGUCAGGGCGCUGUAUUUUGUGAUGGAGGACAGCAGCUGGUACGUACAGCACAACGAUGAUUUUUACGCCCCGAUGCUGAGCCAGAGGGUGUUGGAGAGCCUUGAGACCGUCGUGAUCCAGUGGCCGUACUUCCCAGUGGACUUCGAACACCCGAUGUUCGGCUUGUUCCAGAACCUCUUCCACAGCCCGCUUCAGCACUUGACCCUGGAGGGCAAAGGACUGGACUACCUUUUCCCAUCCGUGCAAGCAGCCCUUUUCGCGCUGCCCUCGGCGGGAUGCGGCCUGCGGUCGUUGACCCUCAAAGGCUUGUACGUGUCCGACCAUGACAUGUGCGCUUUGAUCCCCAAAGUGCCGGUGCUCGCAUCACUCACACUGGAAGACGUCCACUUCAACGGCAGGUGGCCGGAUUUCCUGCACACCCUGAGCAAUAUGUGCCCAUACCUGUCGGAGUACAACUUCACCGAUGUUUUGUGCUGUGGGGUCUUCGAGUGGCCGCGUCCUCCCUUGAUGAGUUCGAGCUACCGAGGACUUCCACCAGAUACUCACAUGGACUUGCUCGCCCUGGCCGAGCUUCACAGUCGUCAUCAUCUACGCGGCGCUUGGGGAGUGUAAAAGACCUACCUCCUAGAUUCACAGUUACUUUCUGUUUGUCUUGCUAAUUCGUCACCUCUAGGUAUGCGGCUUGGGUACGAUCAGCUUCAGCUGCACAACACCAAAACAACGAAAAACAAAUCAAC